GGCGGCGGCGGCGCGGUGAUGCUGGCAGGCCAGGCCCCGCCGGGCUGCCGCCGUCUCCUGGCGGCGGCUCUGGCGGCGGGGCUGCGGCCGCUGCUGUGCGGGCUGCGGCCGUGCUGGGCGACGGCGAGGCGGGCGGCAGGGCAGUGGCCGAGCCCGGGCCUGCGGGUGCCGGAGGCGGCGGAGGCGGAACGGCUGGUGCAGCAGGCGCAGCAGCUGCAGCGGAUCAACGCUCCGCUCCGCCGCUUCAUCGCCUGCCCGCAGUUAGCGCGCACCGUGCAGCGCUGCCUGCAGGGCGGAGCCAGUCCCGGCCCCCGGCCCGUCCUGCUCGAGUGCGCGCCCGGUCCUGGAAUCUUGACCCGAACUCUGCUCAAUGCAGGUGUUAGAGUGGUAGCUCUGGAAAGCAACUCAGCUUUUCUUCCAAACUUACAGUCCCUAGAGAAUAGCCUGGAUGGACAAUUAAAGGUAAUUUAUGGUGACUUCUUCAGAUUGGAUCCUUUGGUGACUGGAACAGUGAAACCACCUGCUGUGUGUUCUGACAAACUUUUUGAAACCAUGGGUGUAGCAGCAGUUCCUUGGAGGGCAGAUGUACCUCUGAAAAUUUUUGGAAUCUUACCACAAAAAAAGGAAAGGAACACACUUUGGAGGCUUCUUUUUGCCCUGUAUGAAUGCAGUUCCAUAUACAGAUAUGGAAGAGUAGAACUCAACAUCUUUAUAAGUGAAAAAGAGUACAAGGUAUUAACAGCAAAGCCUGGGGAAGUGAGGGCUUACCAAGCACUUACUAUACUUUGGCAAGUAGGAUGUGAAAUUCAGCUAUUGCAUAUGGAACCUUGGUCAUCAUUUGUAACUAAUUUGAAAAAUGGGGGACGGGCAGUACCAAAAAGCACGUGGCUGCCAAAUGACCAUUUAUGUUUGGUACGACUGACUCCUCAGCAAAAUCUAUUUACAGGAGGCUUGAAGCCCACAAAUUCAUCUACCUUUAUUUUCAUGGUGAAACAGUGUCUUGCUAGACCUAGGUCUAGACUUACUGAUAGAUUAAAUUCAUGGAGCUUGGACAAUGGUGGCAAAUUACUGAGAGAGCUAGAAAUUCCAGACAAUGCUGAAACACGUAACUUAUACCCAGAAGACUACAGGCGUCUUUUCGAGGCCUUGCAAAACUCUAAUAUGUUUACUGAAACCUGGUUCCAUGAUGAAGUCUUGGACAGUAUAAGGAACAUAAACUUAUAAAUCUAAAGCUGCUGUCUUUUGGAAGAUCACCUUUGCUUCUGGAAGAUUACUUUGAUAAGAAAUGAUUUAAAUAAAAUCAGAGAUACUCCUAGCGAGACGAUUUCCUGUCCAAACAGGAAAAUAAAUUUAGCAAGUAACAAGACCCCUUCUACACAGGAUUAAAAUAACGGAUUCACAGUUAAUUGAUCACAGUCUUAUCUAGAAUGGACAAACUUGCGUCUUUUCCAGGAACAUAUUAGUGACCUGCUGCUUUUGGAUGUACCACUUAAAUGGCACUUUUUGUUACACUGCUGUAUAUUUACAACAUUUGAAAAAAAUAACAGACCGAAUAUGGUUAUUGGUGUGGUUUUAUUUUAGUGCUCAGUGAUUUGAAUGCCCUUUCACAGAUUCCCAGAAUACAUAGGUCUUUACAGCCACUGAAUCUGUUAUAUUUUCUCCUGAUCUAAAAACCUUGCAUUCUAAAGUCAACAUAAUAUUAAUAAAUCAAUAGCAGUAGGUUAAUAGAAGACAAGGUAAUGAGAGUUGGUUUUUUUUCACUAAAGAUUGUUAUAUCUCUGGAGAAAAAAGUUGUAAAUUCUUUCUUUUGAAUAUUUGAAAAGAACACUGGGCAGCCUGUUCUAGUUUAUAAUACAUGAACACCUAUAAGCGUAUAGGCUUUAUCUUAUUUUAGGUCUAAAAAUAAAGUCACCAGAACAUUCAGUGCUAUAUAAACAAUUUGGGGGGGGUGUGGGGAAUAAUCUUGCCUGCAACCUUUAUCAGUAUGUAUUGUUUAAUGUGUAUUAUAUGUACAAAAUAACUUACUUCACAACCAUAUACUAUUAAAAUUUUUUUUUUAGCCAUAGUA